UGCGUCGCCUCGGUAGAUAUCAGUUGAAUUAUUCGGCUAAAAUGCCCUGGCACGGGCAUACGUAGUCGUCGGUCCGCCAUUACGACGCAGCCGAAGACACGUUCGUCGUAUUUAGUUAAAUAUUUUCGUUUAUAAAUGAGUAAUAACGCUCAUGAACUAAGUAAUCGACUACUGAAUGCGUUGGAUAACAAUUACAAUGUUGUCGACAUGCAUACUGUCCACGAAAUUAUAUCCUUACUGGAGAGAAUCAAUAUCACAAAAGAGCUGUUGGAGACCACCCGACUGGGCAAGCAUGUAAACGAGCUAAGACGGAAGACGACGGACCCGAGCCUCGCGCGCCGUGCCAAGGUGCUUGUCAAGCGGUGGCGGGACCUCGUCAUACCCACCGUUGCAUCGCCCGGACAUACAGCAUGGGGAGGUUACGAGUCGGACUCUCAGGAUGUGAUCCUGGUGGACGACGAGCCCCCCGCGCCCCCCGCGCCCCCCGCGCCCGCCCCGCCCGUGCCCUCGCUGCCACACACACACAAACCUAGCACGCCACCUGUAAAAAGGCCGCCCUCCCCGGAACCAUUGUAUGAUGAAAAGAAAGCGAAAAGAGAUAAAAAACCUAAGAAGAAAAGAGGACACAGUCGCGCUGGCUCGGGUACGGAAGCGACGGGUCCUGUGGCGGUGGGGGGCCCGGUGGUGCCGGCGGGGCCCGGUGUGGGGGCGCCCGGGGCGCUGGGGCCCGCGGCCGGGGCGCCCGGGGUGCUGCCACCGUCGGCCGGGGCCCCCGGGGCGCCCGGGGCCGCCAGCUGGGCGGGCCGCAACGGCACGUCGCACGAGCGCCGCCGCAAUGGCACCAAGCGACACGCGUUGGAUUCAUACGCCGCGCUUGUCAACCGUAUGCCUCCCGCUGGUGCUAAGAAGGUAGGGAUUCUGUCCUUAAUCGUAUCUUUAUCAUGGUUAAUAUACAAAGUUAGUACUAAGACCUUUAUAACUAGUAGUGACUUCAGAGUGUGA